AUGAUGCGCUACGUGCUGUGUAUCCUCGCUCUCCUGCUCUCAUGUGCGUGUGUGCACGUCCUCGCUGAAGAAGUGCCUGCCGCCGAUCUUUCCGACCAAGUCCCUGAUACGGAGAGUGAAUCUAACUGCCCUGAUCCUUCUGAAGAUCAUAAGCCAUGUGUGCAAAAGCCCGAAGUUCCUACUGUUGAAAAAGUACCAGAGGCACCAAAAGAAGUUGUUCCUGAGAAAAAAGUACCGGCUGCUCCUCCUAAAAAAUCUGAAGUUCCUCCUGCCAAAGUACCGGAAGUUCCUAAAAAACCUGUACUCGACGCUUCUACUGAUGAACAACAUAAUCAUCACCAAUCUGAAACUCUUCGUCAUGGAACUGCUCAGAGUCUUCCUGGUCCCGCUAGUUCUCGUGGUGAAGAUGAUCUUAAAGAUCGUGGUGUUUCUGGUGCUCCUGGUCCAUUGGGUGAGGCUGGUUCGAACGGUUUAUCUGGCGCUGGAGCUGGUUCACCAACGGCGGCGGUUUCUGAAUCUGCUGCACCUACUGCAAGCGAGAGUGAGGCUGAGGCUGCAGGUAUCAGUCGAUCUGGAAACGGCGACAACAUUGCAAAAGGUGAAACUACUGCUAGACAAGGAAGUGAAUCAACAGAAGCUUCUACUUCUUCUCCCAGCAGUUCACCCGCAGAGAGUGCCAGUGGUGCUGAUGCUGAAACACCUAACAACACUACUUCAUCUGCAGAGAGUGAAUCAACGGACAAUCAAAAUGAGAGAGAAAAUACGGAGACAACCACCACAACUACAACACUUCCUCCUGAACUCACAAACAGCAAAAAGGGUGAUGCAGACAGCAGCAGCAGUAUGAGCAGUUCUGUGUGGGUGCGUGUACCACUACUGAUUGUGGUUACACUGGCCUGUAUUCUUGUGUGCUGA